AUGUCAACCCCAGAGAUCCCAACGCGUCGACCUACCUACCCUCUCGCUCACGCUUUCCGCCGUAAACCCCGUCGUCUCCCUCUCGUCCUCCGCUUCUCAAAGGGCGCCGUACACGACAUCAUCCUCAUACCCGUGCUCCUCCACUCGCUCUUCACCGUCCUGAUCGUAUACAUCGACACCCGCUAUGUGGACAGCAUAUCCAUUCCCGCGACCAUCAUACCCUCGCUCUCCAUAGUAGUCGGUCUGAUGCUAGUCUUCCGCAAUAGCACCGGCUACGACCGCUUCUGGACCGGCCGCAACUGCCUCACCACAAUCGGAACCUGCGUCCGCAACCUCGCUCGGAUCUGUCUCGUAAACUCCCGCGACAAAGACGGCCAUGCCACGGAAGAAGAAAGAAGGGAUACCGAGAAUAUAGUCCGAGUCCUGGUAGCCGUCUUGUACUCUAUCAAACACAACCUCCGCGCGGAGUUCAAUAUCCCACCUGCGAGUCUGGCUACUCUGCCGCCUCAACCAAGCGUCUACCCGAACCGCUCCCGUCCUGUUUCCAGACGCCCCAGCUACAUCGACCGCACUGGUAGUUUCGGUCCGUUCUAUCCUCCCAUUCUCACAAACAACAGCACGAGUACCACCCCGCUUCUCGGCGGAUCGACUGCCACCCUCGAGAACGGCGAUGGAACAACACCUAUGAAGAAGGACGAAUACGUGUCGCUCCUUCCGGAAGGCUUGAUGGGCUACGAGGAUCAAGGUCUCGGUCUGCCCUUACAACUCACGAUCCUGCUAGAAGGCUACAUCCGCCGCGGUCACGAUAGAGGCUGGUUCCAUGCGCCCCUCUCCUCGCAAAUGACUGUUCAGCUAAACACUCUUGUUUCUGCGUACGGCACUAUGGAGACUAUUCACAGCACGCCCAUCCCUGUCGCACACCUGAUUCACCAGAAGCAGGUCCUGGCGCUGUAUGCAUGUGUCCUUCCUUUUGCCAUUGUCGAUGAUUACAGGUGGUGGAGUGUGCCCAUUGUGGCCAUCAUUGCGUUCACGCUCUAUGGUAUUGAGGGUAUUGGUGUUCAGUUGGAGGAUCCGUUUGGAUAUGAUAAGAAUGACAUCAAGAUGGACGGCAUCAUUGAGGAUACGAGGCAGGAGGUUAUGGUGUUGUUGGAGGAGUGGAGGGCGAGUCACGAAGGGAGGGCCAUGGGGGGUAUGUUCGAGUGUGAGUCGUUUUGCGAGUGA